AUGAACUGCGGGUUCAUCGGGGUUGGGGUCGAACUCGAUUCCGUGAAGGCCGAGAUUCGCUUUCUUGGACGUGACUUCAAAGAAGUGGUCCACGCUGAUGCCAAAGAUCAGGAGAUCCGAGGACUUUACGUGAAAGAUGCCACAAGAGCAGUGAGGAACUAUUCGACGGAGGAAGAGGACUUGAAAAAUUUGGGAUUUUUUGUUGACGCAAUUCAGAUGGGUGAUUUUCUUCUGUGUGCCGCCAUGGGCCUUGAACAAGAGGCUUUGCAAAAGGUCCUGAAGGCCCUGGGCAGUAAGACGCAGGUGCCACACAACCCAGGAGCAAUGGCAGUUGCUUGGGUCAGAGGAAGAAAACCUAAGGUCAGAUUUGGACCAAUCAAGGCAUUUGCUGACACAACAUGA